AUGGACCAAGAUAGGGCGAAGAUUAUGGAGGCGGGGAAGUAUAAUUUUGGUACUUCCACACUGUAUGUUCGCAAGAUGCCAAAGUUCUUAAACUUUGACAUCCGAGAGAUGGUGUAUGUUCUGGUUUGGGUGACACUUCGCAACAUAUCCGGAGAAUUGUACAACAAAAAGUCCCUUAGUAUGAUUGGCCUGAAGAUCGGUCGCCCGGUUCAAAUGGACAAGAAUAUAAAGGAGUUGGCCAGCUUUGGCUAUGCACGGAUUCAGGUGGAGGUGGAUGCUUCGAAACCUCUACGGAAAUCGUUGACACUGAUCAACUCGUUGAACCAAUCUUAUGAGGUUCAAAUUGAGUAUGGUUAUGUUCCGCCCUAUUGCACUAAAUGCAAAAUGAUGUCUUACACAUCGGAAAAGUGUAGGGCUGCUGAAUUGAAGAAAAGACGCCGGAUCCGGAAAAAGGCAGCGAACCGCCCACGUCGCCUCAAUCCAAACACUUCACCGGACCAUUCAAUCGGUAGGAGCGACGGGCGGUGUGUACAAAGGGCAGGGACGUAG